AGCGAUUUAAUACGCACGUGAAUCGAAGACUCUAGCCAAACUCUUAGAUCGUCAAAAUUAAUCAAUCACAGUUGUCACACAUCAUAUCAGGCCUACUACAGAACAAUCUGAAAGAUUCAAGUAAAACUGAAGCAAGUACUUAGCUAGCACUCGUUUGUACCAACACCAGUGUUUGGUUUGCACCCAUGAUUCUUGGCUGUCAUUUCUUGAAGCACGGACUCGCCUUGGGAUCCAAGAUUAUCCGUCAUCGCAAGGGAUUUUCGACAUCGGUUCAUGCUUAUCAAGUCAGGGGUGAUGAAAACCUGCAUGUGAAGGAACUGCUUGAAGAAAGAAAUCACCAGUAUCCAAGCUCGGAUUCAGGAAAGAUAAUGUCUGCUGGGGAGGAGUUGCCAGUGACAAAAGAUGAUGCCGCAUCUGUCAAGCGACCGCAAUUUGGGAACAGAUUUCUUGAAAAUCCUGACAAUGUCUUCCAGCACAAUGCAUGGGACAAUGUGGCAUGGGACCCAGAGCAACUGGAAGCUGCCAAGAAGAAAGUGGGAGAGAAUUCCAGUCAACAGGUCGAAACAGAAAAAAAAGAAUUGUAUGAAGCUGAUGCUGAUAGGUACUGGAACGAGUUCUACUCUCUGCAUCAACACAAAUUCUUCAAGGAUAGGCACUGGCUCUUCACCGAGUUCCCUGAGCUCUCCUCAGACAAUGCCCAAGCAUCAGCAAAAGAGUGUAGCUCUGAAAGGGGAGCAUCUCAAGAAACUUCAGAGCCUAGGACAAUGGACAGCCUUACCACAGGCGGUUCAAACACCUCCGCAGAAGCAACGGAGAGGAAAAGUGAGGAUUGUGAACAUGGUCCUACAUCAUCAAGAACUAGUCGGAGUGAAUCAGGAACUGAUGAAACCCAUGUAGCAAGUGAUGAUUUCCCAGGAAAGUCCGCCCACAAAAGGAUUCUUGAAGUUGGCUGUGGAGUGGGCAACACCAUCUUCCCCAUCCUGCAGACAAACGCAGACCCUGGUUUGUUUGUCUACGGCUGUGACUUCUCCUCUGUGGCUGUUGACAUCGUCCGCCAGCACGCAGAGUACAACCCAUCCCGUUGCCAUGCCUUUGUCUGUGACGUCAGCGACCCUGCAGCCACGUUUCCGAUCCCUGAUAACAGCCUAGACCUCGUCGUCCUGAUCUUCGUCAUGUCUGCCAUCAACCCCGAUCGGUUCCUGUCGACGAUCCGAAGUCUUACCAGACUCCUCAAACCCGGUGGUAGGAUACUCUUCAGAGACUACGGUCGCUACGAUCUGGCGCAGUUGCGCUUCAAGAAAGGCAGGUGCCUCUCGGAGAACUUCUAUGUACGUGGAGACGGGACCCGGGUCUACUUCUUUACACAGGAUGAACUGCGGGAACUGUUCACUUCAGCUGGGCUGGUAGAAGAACAGAAUACUAUUGAUAAAAGGUUACAAGUGAACAGGGGAAGACAGUUGACAAUGUAUCGUGUCUGGAUACAGUGCAAGUAUAGAAAACCAUGAUACAGCUCCUCCGAGUUUCUACCACCAACCAUUUUAUCCUUAUUGGCUUUUAGAUUUGCUGAUGUGGUGAGACUCGGGCACAAUGUAACAGAGAAGAAGCAAUUAAGUGAAUUUUAUUACGCAGUGAAAGAAUGUACAAACUACAAGGAAUAUUAGUAUAACAAUUGUAAUCAUGAUAAAUCAAUUACAGUGCUAAAUAUACAUUCAAGUCCUGGCCAAUUAAACAAUUUUUUCCAGCAAUUUUACAGUAUUGCCGGAAAAUCCAUCGGUUCAAUUUAGUAGAAAACAAAUUUACGUUGUGGACUGUCGAUCAAAAUUGCAUGCGCUAUAGGUCUUUCAAGUUAGUGUUUGAGCCAAGGGUUUGUAUGUGUAUCCUUUAUUAAACAUAAAUCCUGUGCAUUCUGAAAAAAAAUACUCCUAUCAGAUGUUUGUAUUCCUAAUAUGUGGUGUAGUGAUCAUUAAAACUUGAAAAUUAUACGCUGUUAUGGUAGACACUUUUUUUUCUUCUGUAUGCGUUCAUAUAAGCUAGAUGUUGUACUGAAAAGACCUUUCCCUGCCCCUCCAUUCAGGUCUGUAUCAUCUGUCAUUCAAACAAUUAUUUCUCUGAUCUCAAGAUGUUGAUUGGUCUUGUCUUGGCUUUUUUUAAUGUGACUGCUAGUCUCCCCUCUCCCUCUGUUUCUUC